AUGCAAAUGUAUAAUGCAAAAAAGCCUCCUUCCUUCUCUCUAAACGGAAGACACUACAAGCCAGAAAGUAACUGGAACGCCGUUUCAUCGAAGUUCCGCGGCUGCCCAAGCAGACACCACAUGGCGAUUUCUCGACACCCUUCUCAGCAUACAUUUAUAGUAAGCACAUACCUUGGCUUUGUUGUAUGUGAGGAUUAUAACAACACUCAAAUUCUAUCAGAACUUUCGACUGAAAAAAUGCAUGUUACAUCUGUCGAUUUCAGCACAACUGAGCAGCCAGAAGCGCUUAUUACGUUUACGCUUGGUCAUAUCUUAUUAAUUGACCCAAUAAAAAGAAGGCGAGGAAAGGUCACAUGGCUUAACACACAAAGAAACAUUUAUUCACCAAGACCUCCUAUUGUGUGCAGAUGAUACAACGAAAAAGAGUUCAUAGUUCUCUUUGAUGAUAAUACCAUGUGAAAGUUUUCAAAAGAGUUCGAAAUAGAAAGCGAAAGAUCGACUCGGUAUUUGACUGAGAGGCUAAAAGAAGCGAGAAAUUCGCUCGUCGACUUUAUUUCGUUCGAUUACCCAAGAAAUGAUGGAAGUCCAACUUCACUGUGAAAAUUUUAUUGUGGGAGGAUCAGAGAUCUGAGGUUUGCGAAUAAAGUAGGGCCAAACCAAUCUCUUUUCGCCUUGAUUACUGAUGAAGGUCAGCUGAAAAUUUUUGAUUUUGAAAGAGCUGUGUCGCUUGUGUCGUUUUAUUCGUAUUUUGCAGGAUUUUUAUGCAUGUCUUGGAGUUCGGAUAAUUCAGUUAUCGUCACAGGUGGGGAAGAUGACAGCAUUUCAGUGUGAAGUUUGGAGCUACGAAAACUGAUUCACAGAGGCGAAGGACACAGCAGCUGAGUUUCUGCAGUAGCCAUUGCGACAGAAAUUGACAAUAGCUACACAGUAUGAUCUGCAGGACAAGAUGGUAAGCUCCUGGUGUGAAAUUUUAUGAAGGAAGAACGAAGUGAAAUAGCAAAUGGGUAUGAGAUGAAGGACCAUGUAAGCUAUCCAAUGAGGAAUGAGUUUCCUAUUAUGCAGCCAGUUUUAGAUUUAGAAAUCAGCUCAGAUCCAUUACAGGCUCUUGAUGUUUAUGAAGGUAGUGUUUUUGUAUGUGACAGUAUGGGAAAUAUCAAUAGGUGGGUUGAACAAGAAAAUUAA